AGAGAGGGAGGGAGAGAGAGGAAGAAAGGGAGAAUGUGAAAGAAAGGGAGGUAUAAAGAGAGAAAGUGGCAUGUAUCGGUCAUACCAUGGACCUAUAGUAGGUCCAUGGUCAUAUUAUGCUAUAGCGGGAGUCAUGCAAACCGAUGAUAAAAGUAUUUCCGCAGUAAGUGGACACGUUGCGAUGUUGGCUGCUGUGUGCAAUUAAAUCAUAAACCGUUCACAAUGAUGAGCAUACCAGGGAAUACACAUGGAUGCACGCAACUGCUAUGUGCGCACUGCAUCAGAAACUGAACCAUCAGGUUGGACCAGUCUCCUCAACGAAUCCCUGAUUGAACCAGGGACGGAUGUGGGCCUACACAUAAUGACGAUUUCCUUCAUUAACAAUUGGAUGUAGAAAUACAGAAAUGAUGAGUUAUGCAGCUAGCGUACUACAUAAAACGGAAACCAAGCCGGAAGUUUUCAACACUGUUUAACUUGAUUACUGGGUCUACGGUGAGCUGUAUUUGCACAAAGGUAUGCCCUAUUUAUAAAUGUCAUCAUAUUAGCAGGACCAUGGACUAGUAGGUGUAGUAGGUCCAUGGUAGGACCAAUUUUAAUCUGCAUCUGAUGAGUUCUCAUGUCGCUGAUCGGGAAUUAUUACAUGUAUCUGUCUCUGCUAUGGUAACUCAAGUACUGAAGUAGGCAGGGUAGCUUUUUGUUGGAAUAACGUCAAGCUGGUGUAUAUAAAUGGAUGAAUAUCACCAAUUGCAUGGGAAACAUUUUACUAUUUUACAUCUAAGUUAAAUCAGCAAUCCGGCAUAGUAACUGACCGUAUAGAAGACAGAAAUUAAACUCUUGGCCUAUCGAUGAAAUUAUCCUAUUGCACGAAAUGCUUUUAGAAGUUGUUUGAACCAAGGAGAUAGAGUGAUAUCUCCUUGUUUGAACCAGGCAUCGUCUGUAUCGUGAGAUAGGAUCCAUAAUGGAUGUACAAGCCUGAACACUGCACUGAUGAGUGAUGAGUGGUGAUAAAAUUUAUCAAUCAGUUGAGAUAUGGAACGAGGAUGCAAGCAGAAUGAGAAAGUGAGGAUUCUUUCGCCAUAGAUGCAUCUAUAACCACGGCCAGUCCGGCUACCAGUCACGAUGGAACUCAGGAAGAAAGAAAUGAUCCCCUUAACCUGUACUAUCGUUGCAAUUUUGAUGUGUGUCAUCUUUAGCCACCACAAUGGUUUUACCGUCGUGCACACCAUACAGGCGGGACUAGAUGUGGAACCAGUGCAAUCAGUAUCUCGGAAACAACUCCCUAAACCGGCAACAAGCCUUGUCUUUGUUAAAACCCAUAAAACUGGCGGGACGACUUUGGCAUCGAUUCUCAACCGAUUCGGGUACAAUCAUCGUCUCUCGUUUCUCUUCAAUCGGGGAGAUAAGAAGCAUGGCCACUUCCGGUUGUCUAAACUGGCUAAAAAGAAACCUCGCAGCUUCCUGCCUCCGCUUUGCGUUGCUACGGGUGACUAUACGCAUUACAGGAAUUACAGUAUGAUGACAGCGCACCUGAGAUUUCUACCGAAUCUAGAAAACCUGAAACGAUUUAUGAAGCCCGAUUGCAAGUAUGUGUCCAUCCUCCGUGAGCCGAGCGCGCAGUGGGAAAGCGCGUUUUCCUUUUUCGGCGCUGCAAGCUCCAUGCAUAUCAGUAAAAGCGGGCGGGGGAACACGAGCGUUGCGAACAUCGCAACCUUUUUGAGCAAGCCUGAAUAUUAUUGGAAUUCCGCCAGGGGUGGCAAUGCCAAGUUCUACUCAAGGAACGGACAGCUUUUCGAAUUCACCGAAGAUGGCGCCAUCCACAGAUAUGAAGACAUCGUCAAUGACACGAUUCAGCAGCUCGAUGUGCAUCUCGACUUGGUUCUCAUAACAGAACACUUCGACGAGUCGCUUAUUCUGCUCAAAAAUCUAAUGCACUGGACUUUCAAAGAUAUAUUAUACGUGAAGAAAAAUGCGCGAGCAAGAACGUCCAAUAUAACCGAAGAACAACGGCAACAAAUUAGAGAGUGGAACAGUGCUGAUGUUUCUCUUUACAGUCAUUUCAAUAGGACGUUAUGGAGAAAGAUAGAGGAGGGAGGGGCGACCUUUCAGAAAGAUUUAUGGACGUUCAGGAGAAUGAUGUGGGACUAUGCUACGGGGUGCGGUAUAGAGAACAAGGAAGCCGCGCGGAAGGGACAGAAAAUGUUGCGCGUCGCUCACGUGACUAAGAACAACUCGCUUUUCUGCAAACGACUGGUGAGCGAAAAUUACGAGAUUUCGACAUUGAUCAUGGAAAGACAACGAUUGGGAGCCCAAUGCGAAGUAAAGAGGAACAAGGUUUUAUAAACAUGCGUUGAGGAUCAGUCAGACGGUAGGUCCCAAGAAAGUGGCUUCUUUCAUCCAAGUGAUAUUCAUGACUUGAGAUGUUUUGCAUAUUUAAUGAGCUUGAUGCGAACCAAAACCCCUCUUUUCAUUCGGUCAUUGCUGCUCUAAUUGAGCAUGGAAUUUCAUGAUUUUAGUAUCAUUGACUUUUGUAAAGAAGAAGAAUAACUCUUUCAGGUCAUGUGUUUGAAUUUAUUCAAAGAUUUUGUAAUGUAAGUUAAAAUUUUGAUCUAAAAUAUGCUACAAAAUAAUUAUUUUCACCUGACAAAAGCUGCAAUUUUCACACUUAAUUUUUGUUUGAGUACAAAUGAUUUUUAAAUCAUGAUAAAGCUGAAUAUGUAUGCUAUAAAAUGGUAUAGGUUUCAUAAUAAGAAUUGGUUUAAUCGGGUCAAGAUCACACUUUUCAUUGGCCAAUUACAUAAAGCAGCUUGAAAAGAAGAAUACUGCACUUUGAUUGGUCAAAGAGACCACACACUGGCAAAUUCCAACGGUUCCAGUGCCUGGGUUCAUGGGAAGGACACACUUCCCAUGUGGUAAUCUCCUCAAAUUACCCGCGCCUGUUGUACUGUGAACCUUAUCUAGCCAAUCAGAACUCUGGAUUUCAUGCAAGUACAAAAUUUCAGAAAUCUCGUCUUGUACCUCGGUGGGAAAAGUGUGAUCUUGACCCGAUUAAAAGGUGCCGCAUAUCAAGAGUGGCAUUGUGAGAAAGUACAGAAGUUCAGCUUUAUGGUGAUAUAUAUAUAUCAUUGAGGCUCAAAAUAAAAAGUUUUGCACAAUUUGCAAAAGAAAACAGAGGAAGAAAAUUCAGUUUUGAGGCACAUUUUCAGGCCAGAAAUUUACUUAUUUAUCAAAAUAUUGUAUACAAAAUAAAUGACCAAUAUGAAAAAAUAACAUUUACUCUAUCUGAUGGUGCAAUAAUAUUUCAUUUAACUUGAGGUUAAAACGGUUAAAUUCUUAGAGAAAGAAAAUCUCACGAAUCACGAGAUUUUGCAAGGAGGAGGAUUCAGCCACGAGAUGAUUUGGAUGAAUCUGGCCUUUUUGCUCAUUAGCAUAGGGAUCUGCGGUCUGACUGGGAUGUACUGUUCAAGAUAUCCCCACCCUUCAAAAAAAAAGAUAAAUAAAAGAAAUUAUUGGAAAAAAUGGAAUGUCGACUCUUACAGGCAUUUUGAAAGGAAUAAAGGAUAUUUUUUAUGUGGAUAGAUACUCUCUUUUUUUAAAGCGCUUGAACAUUCCGAUUCAUGAUUUUGUACAUUCAGGGCAAUGAUUGCGCCCCCUUCGGCCAUGUUAAAAGAAUUCUCAAAACCGAAGAAUCUAAAUGACUUGUUAAUGGUUCAGCUGAAUGCAACUCUUAUUUUAGCAAUUUGAAUAUUUUCCAAUUAAAUAAUUUUUUGUUAGUCAAAUUUGACUAGGACAAAGUCUGACUAUAAAUAAAAUAUUCUUAUCAAAUGACUUUACGUGUCAGUUCCAGUCAAUCGACAAAUAUUCUUUAGUGAUUUUAACUAGCCUGUUUUAGAGAAAAGAUGUGAAUAGAGGGGAUUGGGGUAAGUUAACACCCUAGAUUUACUCCCAAUGUGUUGCUCUCUGCAUUCAAUAAUGAGUUUGCUACAAUUUUUAUUGUGGAUUGUAAUUGAAAUCGAAAGAUCGAACACUUUGGGAAUAGGGCUAUAUAGUAAUAAUAAUAAUAAUAUAGGUAUAUUUACCAAGGGAAGCCACUUCAGUUCUGAAAACUGUUCUCCCAGCGGGCCGUGCUAUUAUUAUUACCCCGGCUUUUACCUAGGCGCUUGAAGCAUCCAAGGAAUUUCUUCCUACCGGGUAUCCAUUCACCUCACCUGGGUUGAGUGCAGCACAGUGCGGAUACAUUUCUUGCUGAAGGAAAUUACGCCAUGGCUGAGUAGUCUCCAUCCGUCUUUAUUUUUUCUUGAAUAAAACAUUAAAUGUUAUAAUUAAUUAAAUUAAGUAAUAAGACAAUGAAUAGGGAGCUGCAUGGCUUGGAUGUUAUGCACUAUUUAGGCAAGUCAAUAGAAAUUGUGAUGUAGAAAAAUACAAUAGGUCUACAAUAGUUUAACGGAAAUGCCAAUGAUGUGAAAGAAAAAUGGGACUACGGUCGACCACCGCUACGUACACCUGCCCAUCACAUCUAAUGAAUGUCCCAUGAAGCUGUUCGCUGAUUUACGCACGCAUGACCGGUGACCCUUUCUUGUGGGUAAUGAUAUAUCUCUUUGCGGCUGUCUUAGGACCGAAGAACAUGUUCCAGCCGUGUGUAAGGUCAUGCGUAACUUAAAGGGAUGCUCCGGGCUGGAAAUAAUAUGAUUUUAACCGAUAAAGAAAAAUUAGACAAACAAAACAGUGAAACUUUGAAAAUCAGACAACGAAUAGCAAAGUUGUGGCAUUUCAAAGAUGUUCAUUAUUCCGGUGAAAUAGUCCCAGGCAUGUCUUCAUGAAUAUUUAAUGAGCAGAGCAAAUUGAUGAUGUCAUAUCCUUACUUGUUCUUUUGAAUUUUAUUAUAUGAAAUAAGUUUAUUCAGAUUUUUUCUACCAAGAACAUAAAAAUUUGGAUUGACAACUGAUUUAGUGCAUUGGAUAUUCAUUGCUGCAACCUAUUUCGUUAUAGAGGAGACACAUUAUUUACACAUGCAUGAAAAAAUGAAACAAUUAUGAUUUCAUGUAAUAACAUUAAGGAAAGUGGGGAUGUGACAUCAUCAGCCAAUCUAAUGAAUAUUCCUGAUGACGUGCAUAUACCUAUUUUCACAAAAUAUUGGUAAACAUUAAAAUUCAAUUACUUCGCUAUUUGUUAUCAGAUUUUGAUGAAAUUUUCAGCAUUUUGCCCUGUGAACUUUACUAUAUAUAUUUAUUUAGAUAUAAUAAAUAUUU